GCCAUCGGCUGAGGGCAUUGCGAUUUUUCCUGCUGGCCCAUAGGCCAGAGAGCAACUUUCUCCUAAACUGUCAUGAGGACUCGAAACGUCAACUCUUUUCUUCUCCGCCAAUGCUGCCAGACCUGCUGAGUUUUUCCAGGAAUUCACUCCAAAGCGCAAGAGGUUAAGCAGACGCCCCCCUCAGCGAGUCUGGUGGAAGGCGACAGCGUGACUAUGAAUUGCAUCAUCGAUUUCAUUGGGCCUAAAAUCUACAAAUGGCUAAAAAAUGACCUGCAAACAGACCAAGCUAUCUCAAUGUAUGGGCAAAGAGUAGAAGAAGGCAUGAAGGAUUCCAAAGGUCAGAAAUUGUUGCCGUUUCUGCGGAUCAAGAAUCUCACAGAAUGUGAUUCGGGAACAUAUUAUUGUGCGGCGGAAAACCUGGGCAGAACACUUAAGGGUGCAGGGACGAAACUUACCGUAACCCGUGUUCCGCAAAGUGCUCAAUGCAACUCAGUCAGUUAUAUAUAUAUUGGAGUGUCGGCUGCAGUGAUAGGAGUGCUUUGUAUUUCACUAAUUAUAGUGUCUGUACGUCUCAUUCAAAGAAAUAAAGCUUGCAUUGCUCUUCAGAGGCAGUUCGUUGCAUACAUCACUGAAAAGUCAGCAGAAACUGUCGCAUCAAAGCCGAAAGGGAAGCAUCAGCACCGAACGGGGACUGCUUCGAGCUCUGGUGUAGAAGGCAAGAAGAAAAGAAAACAGAAAGAGCGCCACACGGUGGACAACGCGAACUAUGUCCACAUUGGCCGACCCGAGGAAAACCAGGCCUAACCGCAAGGACUCAAGUCAAUAUUCAAAGACUGCUCAGACAUUAUUUAAGUUUCUCGGUCAUCCUGAAGAAUUUCCCAAAGAGUCGAGAUUAUUUCAUUUUUCUGCACUGUUUUAAUAUUUCACCUGUUUGCAGUCACAUAUAUAAUGAACAGUUAAAUCACUUUUUUUUGCCAAGAACAUAAUUGCAGAACUGUUUUUAUUACUAUCUUUGUGUUCACUGCUUACAUUUAUUAAAUGGGUUGGGGAUAGUGAAAUAGUUACAAUUUGAAUUUAAUAGGCUAUUUUGUUUUGGACAGUAAACUAAAUAAACAGGUACAAAGCAAGCCCCUAA